AUGACCAGGAGAAAGGUGAAAAUUGCAUUCAUAGAAAAUGAUUCUGCAAGGAAGACAACAUACAAGAAAAGGAAGAAGGGAAUGCUGAAGAAGGUUGAGGAACUCAGCACCCUUUGUGGCAUUGAUGCAUGUGCUAUAGUUUAUGGCCCUGGUGAUCUUGAACCAGAGGUUUGGCCCUCUCGUUGUGGGGUCCAAAGGGUGGUGGGAAAGUUUAGGAAUAUGCCUGCAGUGGAGAAGAUCAAGAAGAUGGUGAACCAAGAGAGUUUCAUAAGACAAAGGAUCCAAAAGGGUAACGAACAAAUGAUGAAACUUAUGAAGGACAACGCGGAGAAGGAGUUGACCUUGUUCAUGUUUCAAUGCCUUAAUCAUGGGAGGGUUUUCCCUGAUGAAAAUAACAUGAACUUGGCUGAUUUGAAUGUUCUUGCAUCAGUGAUUGAACAGAAUCUGGUAGAAAUUGGAAAAAGGUUGGAAACUCUGAAUGUUAAUCAGCUGGAACCAAAUCAACAACCCCAGAUGCAAACACCAGCAUUCCAACCACAGUUGAAAGCAACAUCAUACAAAACCCAUUUUCAAACACCAUCUUACCAACCACACUUGCAAGCACCAACAUACCAACCCGAGAUGCAAAUGGCACUGAUGAGUUCUGCGCAUGGGUUGGAUAUGGAUGCUAACUCCAUGCAAAGGUUGUUGUUUAUGAACUUGCUUAAUGGUAGCGAAGAUGAGACAAUGAUGCCUCCAUUUGGUGAUCCUAAUCUCCAAUUCCAAAGUGAUUUUUGGCCUAACCUAGGCUUAUCCAUCGUCACCGUGUGUUAUAGUUUAUAUAACCCCUUUUACCCUAAGCCAGAGGUUUGGGCAUCCGAAAAUGGAGUCCAUAGGGUGCUGGGAAAGUUCAUCAAUAUGCCUGAAUUGGAGCAAAACAAGAAGAUGAUGAACCAAGAGAGUUUCAUAGCACAAAGGAUUCAAAAGGGUAACGAGCACAUGAAGAAACUUGGGAAGGACAAUAGAGAGAAGGAGAUGGACAUGUUCAUGUUUCAGUUCCUUUGA